AUGUCCGAUCAACAGGCCACCCUCGACCCAGGCCGCGCCAGCUUCUUCAAUGACCUGAAGGGCGCCGUGGGGCAAGAAGCCCUAAAGACCCUCGACCCCGCAACCGACCUCUCCGACGAACAGCCCGACGAGCCGUCCUCCACCUCUGAAAGCCCAGCAAGAUACACCUGCUCGACCCAGAAGCCCGCACCCGUGACCUUCACCGAUGCCACCGGCACCAGCAGCAGCGACCCAGCCGCCAACACUGCCGCCCUUCAAGUCGGCUUCGGCAAAGCGAUCCCGCGGUGGAAGCCCGGCCCCAACCAGCGCGUCAACUUCGCCGCCUUCGCCAACGGGUACCCGAAGCCCGAGUGGGCGACGCUGGCGGCUAACGCGCUGAAGGCGGCGGCCGACGAGUGGAACCGGCUCGAGCUCGGGGUGAGCAUCCAGUGGGUGGCGCGGCUGGAGGACGCGGCGUUCGUGCUCUCGUACGGCGGCAGCCAGGGCGGAGUGCUGGCCCAGGCCUUCUUCCCGAGCCCGAUCGACCUGAACUCCCUGAACGUGUACGAGGCGGCCUUCGCCCCGGGCUCCGUCGCCUACCUGAAGAACAUCUUCCUGCACGAGCUCGGCCACGUCCUCGGCCUCCGGCACGAGUUCGCCCCGGAGCUCGAGGACACCAAGGAUGACUAUACCGUGCAGCUGGGCCCCCGCAACCCGCUGUCCGUCAUGGCCUACGAGUUCCCGCCGCAGCUGCAGACCUCCGAUGAGGACAGCGCGCGCGCCUUCUACCGGUUCCCUGGGGCGCAGCUCGGCUGGGGGGAGGCGUGGAGUCGGGCGCCUAAGUCCGAAAGGUUGCUCAAAAUUGUGGAUGUGGAGCCAAACAAUUAGGGCUUUGGUGGUUGUACAUGGCAGGGGAGGUAUUGAGGGUGAGCCUGGGGUUGCUGGCAUUUGAUGAUUCAGUUCGAUGUGCUUGACUUAUCUGGUGCGUCCUCUGUAUGUAGC